AUGUACUCCUACGCUCCUUUAGGUGUUUCAUAUGCUUCUCCAUUAGCAACAUCAAUUGCCAGACCUGUUCCAGUUGGCUAUGCAGCUCCAGUCUCAUAUGUUUAACCAGUAUCGUAUGCAGCUCCAGUUAGUUAUGCUCCUCCAGCCUAUUCUCCUAUUAGAGGUGAAUCCAGAGUCGAAUACGUUCCAUAUUAAAAGCCAGUCGUAGAAUUGGAAGAGGAAGUCAGAACUGUCUAAGUGCCAAGAUAAAAAUGGGUGACAGACUAUUAUCCAGUCGAAUACUAAAAGGAAUACAUCCCUCAAGUUUCAUAUGAAAAAUAAAUUGAUUAUGUGCCAGUCGAAAAGAAUGUGCCAAGAGUUGAUUAUUUAGAAUAUGAAAGAGAGGUUAGAAGAGCUCCUCCUGCUCCAGUUUCAUAUGCCUCACCACUCUCAUACAGCUAUGCUGCACCUGUAGCACCUGUAGUACCAGUGGCACCAGUAGCUCCAUUAAGAACCAGCUAUGUUGCUCCAACCUAUGGAUAUGGAUAUGCUCCAAGUUACAGCUAUGUUGCACCAACAUUUGGUUAUGGAUCAGUGUAUAGAUAUUGAUUGCUAGUCAAUAUUAUCAUUUAAUUUAAUCUUCUUUAAAUUAAAUAACAAAAA